AUGGAGGAUAAUAUUACUUCGCCGCCGAAAGGAAACACCAACCAGAUGCUAGGGGAGGUUUCUCAAUCAUCAAAUGAUCACCACACAGUAAGUACUUGGCCUCUUCGAUUCCGCCCCUUCGUUUAAGGAGACCGCCAUAGCACAUAGACUAAUACCUUAGACGCAGAUUACGAAAGAGAUUGACAAAAGCGCCCUGCAAGUCACUCAGCACACAAAGAAACCAACGCUCCAUGCCCUACCUGAAGAGCUACUCAUUCAAUCAUGGAACGGCUUGACACAGAUCACUCUGUUUGUCUAGGUCUUACAGCACGAAAGUUCUACCGUAUACACUGGGAAAUUUAUGGGACGAUCAGAAUUUCGACACGCUUCCUAUGUGGUGAACCCCCUGGUCUUCAUGAACUCUUGGAGAACUGGUUGAAGAGGAGAGGUUUCACUCUGGUAGUUUGGGCAUUUGAUGAGUACCGAUAUCUGAAAUAUCAUCCUGAAACACUACAGCUGGUGGAACAGUCCCAUCAUGCAGAUUAUAAAAAGAGCAUAGAGGUCGAGAAUUGGGUCCUGCGUGACAAGGAGCAUGACAAGAAAUUCAUGGUCGACAUAACUGAGACCCCUAGCAUGUUGUGGAAUUAUACGGACUAUGAGGUGGGCUCAUAUUGUUCUGCUUACGUCAGUUAUAUUAAGCAGGUUGGGAAGUUUUACAAGCGCACCUAUGGUGAUGACUUCCAUGAGGUUGGGGAGGAAAUGGGGGCAACUGAAUUUUUCAGACAAGGAAUACAUGGGUCAAUUACAACACCCUUUGCACAUAGAGUGCAGAGCUACGAAUUCAUGAUUGGCACAUACGGAAAACUUAUUGUUGAUAAGAAUGGAUUUAUACGGUAG